UCACCUCGUACUGAGAAUCGAUGUAACUUUUUUUCUAGCAUGGAAACGUGAAAAGUAAACAAUUUUUCUUUUUUAUUGGUUUCUACAUACAGAAUUCGGCGUAUUUCAUUGAUUGGAUGACACAGAUGCGAAGCGCACAAAAUGAACAUUGAAAAGAUUCGCAUGAAAUUACAUGAUAUCGAUCACCCGAGAUUUAAUUGAAUCUUCUCUCGGGGAAGUAAAUCUGUUAAGAGAGAGAGAGACGCGACAUCUGUAAACAAGGGUAAAUGGAUAAUUGGCAAAAUGGCGACGGAAAAAUUAAUCGUUAGACGAAAGAAAGAUUUCGUCAAGGAGAAUAUCAUUCACGCGAAACACUUGCAUCCGGCGGAACCCAGACAGCGAUCGGUCGAUACACGUCGUGGCGACACAUAUGAUUUAAGGAAGAGCGGAUUGCUUCCAAUUUACGUACACAAAAAAAUUUACGGAAAAGUACCGAAAUGCGUAAAGAUCGUUGCGAGACCCGACGUAGAAACAAGCGAGAAACGUGACGAAGACGAAAAAUUGCCUUCGUGUCGACAAAUCGAGGAAAAGGAACGGGAAGCGUUGCUGAACGAUAUGAAGAAGAGAUGGGACGAAUUGAUGCAACAGUACCGAGCACUGCCUUUUCUUACGGACACGUUGCCGAAGGCGCAAAGAAAAGCGAAGAUAGAACGGGCGUUGGACCAGCUUGAAAAAGACAUAACAAGUAUCGAGCGCUAUCAGAUUAUAUACGUUUAUGAUGACGAGUAAUGUUA